ACGGAGCGGCACCGGAGCGGCACCGGCCCCGCCACAGACGGGCCCGCGCCGGGACAGCCGCAGCUAUCGCGAGACUUCGCCGGCCUGGUCGUCACGGCAACGGCGGCGGCGCCCGCGCUGCUGCCAUCCCGCGGUAACAGUGGAUAUUACAAGUAGGAGCUUGGAUGAAAUUUCAAGGCCUGCAUCUAGCUCGACCUAAUUGCAGAUCUUUAAAUACAUCUGUGGAGUUAACAACACUAGAAGCAUGUUUGCAAGAGGUUGAUUCACCCAUCAGUUUGGCUGAUGGUUAUCAGAGAGGCAGUCUUGAAGAUGGGUGUCCGGCAGAAAACAAAGGUGAUGAGAGAGGUAAAUCUGAUGUCCAGGAAGUAAGAACUGAUCAGCAAACAGUGGAGAGCAUGACCAUCUCUCUUCACAAGUGUCUAUGGAAUCCCGACGAGCUGUCAGGACGUAACUCUACUUCAGAUUCUCGAGAUGAAAGCAUUGAAACACAGAUGUUGAAAUUCUGUGAGCCUUCCCCAGGACAACCAAGUAAUGCAAAGUCAGAUACUACUUCACAAACUUUGAAAUCUUAUGAACCUUCCCCAGGAAAACCAGGUAGUGCAAAAUCAGCAGAUUCUUCUGACUUGGAAUGUUCUGAAGACAUGGACAUAAAUGCUCAGAUUCAAGCAGCUAUAAAGAAAAUGAAUAAACUUGACACAAUACUUGAAAAACAGUGUUUUAAGGAAAAAGCACUUAAAAAGCAAGGCAGAGAAAUGAGGGCAGUGCUCUGGGAAGAACUUCAGUGUAUCAGAACCACAGGAAGCAAUGAGGAGGUGGAAAACACAAACCAGUUUUUAGCUGUAUUCUCAUCGUGGCAUAAUGCAGCUGAUCUCUCCUAUGCUAAAGAGGAUGAAAUAUGCACUUCAGUAUUUCCCCCACACACGAAUCCUGAAGAUUAUAAUUGCCAUAAAGCCCAAGAAAACCAGGAUUAUCCAAGUGAAUUAGAAACAGAAAAAACAGCAGAAAAGAUGCAUAGCAAAAAUAAAAUCAGCCAGCAUUUCAUUAAAAAGAACAUUGAGCUAGCAAGGGAUUCAGGAAACCAAUUUGUUAUGCUUGAGGGAGAAAGGAAAAGGCUAACUGAACUACUGAAAGAUACAGAAGAUGGGACUGAAUUGCAAGAUCUUGAGGAGAAUGUACCUGUCUGGCAGGUACCAGGAGACGGAUACACACCUGAACUGAUGGAAUUUCAUCUCCUGAAUGAGAUAGACAAUAAGCUUCAACUGCUACUCUCUGGUGGGGAGUUUCCUGCUCUUUCCAGCUCUAGCUCAAAAUGUCCAAGCCAGAUAUAUCAGGAGCCUCUGGUUUAUGCAAGCAGAAGCUUAGAAACAAUUCCAGGUGAAAAGGUUCUGCGGGACAAUAAGGAAAAACGUGAUCAACAGAAUCGUCUGAAAGAAAUAGAUUAUCAGCUGGAAUCCCUAGAGAGAAGUCUUACUGAAGAACAAAUGAGCCUCUCUGAAGAGCAGCUUAAGACCCUUCUGGAAGAAUGUAUGCAGCCUCAGAGAACAAUAAGUAACGUUACCAUGCCACAGUCUCAGGAAUCUCUUUCUUUUGGAUUAAGUCCCCCUUGUUACACAAGUCAAGACUCCACUCUUCACUCCACAUCUAGUCUUUCCAAAAUGUUAGUUGAAGACCAUAUUGUAGGGAUGUUAAUGGCUCAGGAAAAGGCUGGACUCGAAGACAAAAGCUUAUGUGUUAAUGCAGAGAGCAAAAUCCCUGGCUACUAUACCAGCAAAGCAUUGGCUGGUAGUCACUUAUCAAAGGAUUCACUGGCCCAAACAGAGGAACCUGAUGACCUAGAAGGUUCACAGAAGAUGGAAGAUAAGAGUAUUACUGAAGGUUACUUUAUGUCAAGAGCACUCAACACAAAAAGAUUGAAGAAACCUUCUUUCUUGGGUGAACCAUUAUAUUGCAUCAGCAUGAACAAUGAACCGUCCACAGAGGCUGACAUUCUCAGCAUACCAUUGCAAACCAAAGGAGAUCACAUGAACAUUGAAAUUUGAGGGGAGAUUGACUAUAUGCUUCUCUGCAUAACUGUUUUCUGAAAGUGUAGCUAAACCUCUAUCAGUGAUAUUGCACUGAUAGGUAUCAUAUCAAGGAACCUGAUGGGAAUAAAUUAUUUUAAUUGAAAAUGUUACAUGAGUUGAUUUUUUCUUUAGA